GCAAUUUCCAAUUGCUAAUCUAGGUGUUACUCUCUCCACUAGCCCGCUGACUCACAGUCAACUUCUGAUUAGUCCUCGGUCUACCCACUAUCACAGAGCUGCUGAAAAGUAUUUUCUAUGUCUUUGAUAUCCAAAGGAGACUUUAUACACUCUUGGGUUUCUUGUUUAAUUCAGUCACACCCCUGUUUUAAUUUACGAAACUCAGCAAACUCAGCUCUUGGAUUGAAGCUAUUCCUCUUAUAUUCAUAAGGAAUCAGAAAAUAUUAGAAAAUUGCAAGUGAUUUAAGCAUGGAGAUACUUGUUACCUUUGGGGCAAAAAUUAGUGAAUGCAUGAUUGAACCUGUUGCCCGUCAACUGGGUUAUUUCUUUUACUACAAAAGCAAUGUAGAGAAGCUAAGAACCCAAGUUCAGAAUUUGGAGGAUGCAAAAGAUAGACUGCAGCAUUCCAUUGAUGAGGCUACGAGAAAUGGUGACGAAAUUGAAGCUGGUGUUCUGAAUUGGAUGAGCAGAGUUGAUGGUAUCUUGGAGCAGAUACACAAGUUUUUAGGAGAUCAUGAUGACCAAGCAAAUACUAGGUGUGGGCAGUUUCCUGAUCUGUCAUCUCGCAAUCGGUUGAGCAAAAAAGCAAAGAAGUUGGCUCUGGAAAUUGGUAGUAAAAUCCAAACUGCAGGGGGAUUCCACAAGGUUUCUUACCUUCCUGUUCUACAAAGUACUUUUGAUGUCAAUGGUUAUGUGGCUUUUCAAUCUAGAAUGUCCACCUUCAGCAGAAUUAUGGAGGCUCUAAGGAAUCCAAGUUUUGACAUGAUUGGGGUGUAUGGUAUGGGUGGUGUCGGAAAGACUAUCCUUUGUAAAGAGGUUGCCAAAAAGGCCAAGGAACAGAUGCUUUUCAGUAAGGCUAUUAUGGUUACUAUAUCCCAGAAUCCAAAGCUGGAAAACAUUCAACAGGAAAUCGCAGAGAGGCUUGGACUGAGAUUGAAAGAGAAAUGCAUACCUGUAAGAGCAGAUCGGCUAAGACAUCGAUUGAGGCAAGAAAAGAAAAUUCUUGUAAUUUUGGAUGACAUUUGGGAGAAACUUGAGUUGCAUGAUAUUGGAAUAUCUUUUGGAGAUGAUAGUAAGGGAUGCAAGAUAUUACUCACCUCAAGAUCUCAAGAUGUGUUAUAUAAUGAUAUGGGUGCUGAGAAGAAUUUCUUUGUUGGACUUUUACCAAUGAGGGAAGCAACGAAUUUGUUCAACACAAUAGUGGGCCAUACAAUUAAGAAUCUAAGCUUCCAAACUUUGGCAACUGAAAUUAUUAAAGAAUGUGCAUGUUUACCCAUUGCGAUUGCGAUAGUAGCAAAUGCAUUGAGAAAUAAAAGUUAUCCUGUUUGGAAUAAUGCAUUGCAAGAGCUAAGAAUGGCCAGCCCAACUAACAUCAAAGGAAUGCAUGAAAAAGUUUACUCUAGUAUAAAGUUGAGUUAUAAUUGUUUAAGAAGUGAGGAAGCAAGGUCAUUGUUGUUGCUUUGUGGUCUAUUUCAUGAAGAUGCUAACAUAGAUGGUGAGCACUUGUUGAGACUGGGUAUGGGUUGGGGUUUGUUUCAACGCAUCCAAAAAUUGGAAGGGGCAAGAAAUAAGUUGCUUACAUUGAUUGAAGAUCUCAAGAGUUGCUGUUUGUUGUUGGAUGGUGACUAUAAUGGCUGUGUUAAAAUGCAUGAUAUCGUUCGUGAUGUUGUCAUUUCAAUUGCAUCCAAAGAUAGACAUAUGUAUAAUCUUAGAAGCAUUGCUAAGAUGGAUGAGUGCUUCAAUGGUAGAAAACUCAAGGACGCAAUUGCAGUUUCACUAUCAGAGCUUGACCAAGAUUGUCAACUUCCUGAAAGGUUGGAAUUUCCAAAAGUUCAAUUAUUUUGCAUGAGAUAUAAAAGUUUAUGCAUUCAGAAUAUUUUUAGGCAUUGGAUGUAUCCAUAUUUUCCGUAUGGUCAAAAUUUGGAAAUCCCACAUCACUUUUUUGAAGAAAUGAAGGAGCUUAGGGUUUUGGAGUUGAAUUCCAUAUGUUUGAAACCAUUGGCUUCUUGUUUUGGUGUCUUUCAAAAUCUUCAAACGCUUUGUUUGUGGUAUUGUGAUAUGGGAGAUAUAGCUAUAAUUGGAGAGUUGGAGAAUUUAAAAAUUCUUGACCUUUCGGGAUCUUCUAUUGAAGAGCUACCAAAACAAAUAGGUAAACUUACUCGUUUACAAUUGUUAGGUUUGAAGCAUUGUUCCAACCUUAAACCGAUCCAGCCCAGUACCAUAUCAAACUUGAUAAAUUUACAAGAGUUAGAUAUGGAAGAGAGUUUUAGAGACUGGGAUGUGGAAGGAGAUGGUGGUGAAAGGAGUAAUGCAAGUCUUAUUGAGUUAAAGAGUUUGCAUAAACUUACCACUUUACAUAUACAGAUACCAGAUGCCAGCAUUCUGCCUAAAGAAAUUUUUAGUGAGAAAUUGGAAAGGUAUAACAUAGUAAUUGGAGAUGUACGUGUUAGAUAUGUUGAUUUUGGAAUUUCAAGAAAGUUGAACCUCAAGCUCAAUAAGAGCGAUGUAUUUAAUGGGAAUGGUCUUCAAAUGUUACUGAAAAAGUCUGAAGUGCUGUAUCUCAAUGGAUUAGAGGGUUUGAACAAUGUUGUUCAAGAAUUAGAUGUGGAAGGUUUUCCACAAUUGAAGCAUCUCCACUUCCAAAAUAAUUUUGGAAUUCAAUACAUCAUCAACUCAAUGGAAGAGAUUCAUACUUGCUGUGCCUUUGUAAGUUUGGAACUAUUACAACUUCAAAAUUUAAUGCAUCUGGAAAAGAUAUAUCAUGGAAAACUUGCAGAAAAUUCUUUUGGCAGAUUAAAAGAUAUUAAAGUGGGUAAAUGUGAUAAACUGAAGAACCUUUUUUCACUUUCCAUUGCUAAAGGCCUUUUGCAACUUAAAAAGAUUGAAGUUACUAGUUGCAGAAUGAUGGAGGAGAUAAUUAUUUAUGAAAGAGAAAAUGGAUCUCAAAACAUUGGUGACGAAGCUGUCCAAAAGAUUCAAUUUCCUCAAUUGUGCACCUUGAAGCUGUGUUUUUUACCAAAACUUCUAGACUUCUACUCGCAAGUAGAGACAAAUUGCACGAGCCAGGGGGAAGGCAGGCAAUUGAUUGCAGACUCUGCCAAGUCCCUUUUCAAUGAAAAGGUAGUAAGUCCUAAUUUAAGAAAUUUGACACUGAAAGGGAUUGAUUCACUAAAUGAGAUAUGGCAUGGUCAAUCGGAAGGCAUACGUGGUGAUGAAGAAGCUACAUGCAUGUUUUCAGGUUUGAGAGGAUUGGCACUAUUACAACUGCCCAAUCUGUUGCACAUAUGGGAUGAAAACUGCCAAACAGACAUAGCCUUCCUGGAUCUGAUGGGCCUGAGUGUAGUCAAAUGUGACAGGUUAAAGAACUUAGCACCAUCCUGGAUAUCUUUCCAAAACUUGAUAAUACUGCACGUGUCAAGUUGCUAUGGAAUGGUAAAUUUAUUAACUUCCUCAAUUGCUAAAAAAAGUCUGGUGCAGCUGAGAGGAAUGAGCAUUAGUGGAUGCAAGAACGUAACAGAAAUAAUUAAAAAUGAAGGAAGUGAAACAGGAGGUGAAAUUGUUUUUAACCGAUUACAAGUUUUGGAAUGUUGCCAUUUACCAAGCCUCACAAGCUUCUAUUCAGGAAACUUUAUGAUGGGAUUUCCAAAACCGAAAUAUGUAGGCAUUAGUCACUGCCCUGAGAUGAGUAGUUUCUCAAGGGGGGUGGUAAAAACUCCACAAUUAGAAAAAUUAACCUUAAUUGAUGAAGAGUGGGACGAUGAAAGAAUAUGUAGUUUGGAUGAUGGUAUGGAAUGGCCAGAGGGUGGUUACAAAGAACAGUAUUUUGCUGAACUGGAUUUUUCUGAACAGGAAAUCGAUGAGUUGAUGAUCAGCGAUGAUGAGAUGUACAGUAAGAAGAGCAAAAUAGAGUUGAUAGAGGGUGAUAUUAAUGCCACAAUAAGACAGCUUUGGGAGAAGGACCAAUAUGGUCCGGCAUUACAACAAUUGUUCUCACAAUAGAUUCUGGAGAAGAUUGUGAAGGUUUACUUUGAAGAGCACAGGAUCUUCGUUUCCUAUCAAGUUUGCUUGCAUCAAUCAAAACUGGUUUUGUUUCAUGCUUUUCGUUGUAAAUGUACACUUACUAUUAGAAGAUAUGCUCUUUUGGGAUAUUCUCUCAUGUAGAUUCUUGGGAGGUCAAUGUAAGUUAAAGUAGCUCCUCUACAGAGAAGAAUGGAGCUCACCUAUACCCAAAAUAUGUUUACUCGUAAGGUGCAUCUGUAAAUUGUAAUAUAUACAUUUUCACUUUUAGUACCAUAUAAAAAACGUUAAGGUGGAAUUCCAUA